GAGUAUCCAGUUCUAGUCCGGUAUCAUUGUCAAGUCAAAGUUCUCAAGGUUCAUAUCGCUGAAGAAAGUGUCCCGUUUGGUGCCAUAGUCAAAAUGAAAUCUUUCGUGUGUGCUGCCGCGUUGGCCUCGAUGCUGGCCGUGGCCAGUUGUGCCCCGUAUGUGAUCUUCCUGGAGGAAGCCCCAAUCCGAGUGGUUCGAUCGGCUAAUGUUGGUCUAGAUGCUUCGGGAAGUGCUGCUAACGCUGGUGCUCAAUCCUUCAACCAGGGUGGUGGAUUCCCAGGAUUCGGAGGGUUUGGUGGAUCCGCUGCCAACGCCGGAGCUCAAUCGUUUACCCAGGGAGGUGGCUUCGGAGGAUUCGGUGGUCUGAGCGGUUCGGCUGCUAAUGCCGCUACUCAGUCCUUCAAUCAGGGAGGAUUCGGAGGUGGUUUGGCCGGAAGCGCCGCCAACGCUGGCACUCAGUCGUUCACUCAAGGAGGACAUGGUGGUCUGUCUGGUAGUGCUGCCAAUGCUGGUACUCAAUCAUUCACCCAGGGUGGAGGUUUCCCAGGAUUUGGUGGACUUAGCGGAUCGGCUGCUAACGCCGGAUCGCAGUCCUUCACCCAGGGAGGAUUUGGAGGUGGUUUGAGUGGAUCGGCUGCCAAUGCUGGAACUCAGUCCUUCACUCAGGGAGGACACGGAGCAGGACUUGCCGGAAGUGCUGCUAACGCCGCUGCUCAGUCCUUCACCCAGGGAACUUCGUUCCAAGGUCAUGGUCAUCAAAUUGGCGUACACUAAGCGGGAACCCCCACGGAACAGAGGGAGGAAACGAUAACAACUCGCACCUGUCCACGGUCAACGAUUAUCGGAACACGAGAUGGGCUGACGACUCGAGAAUACUAAACAGUAUAGGCAUAAUCCAUUUUCCGAUUGAACCGUUACGGAAAGACGAAACAAAACCGACCGCAGCUGGGAAUUAUGCAAAUUCAGCAUUAAGCGAAUGGAGGACAACCGUUUGUUUGUUGUUGAUCAAGGCAUUAAUUCUCGGCGGUUCAUAUUUAUGGACAUAGACAAAUAAAUUUAAAUAAAAUAAAAAAAAAAUACUCAAACCAAACCAAGA